GAGAGACAGAGAGAGACACAGGCACAGACACAGACACAGAGAGAAAGAGAGACAGACAGACAGACACAGAGACACAGAGGUUGGGGGAGGGAGACAGACAGAGACAGAAAUAGAGAGACAGAGAGACCGCCACCCCGCAGCAACGGCAGUGAAGGGGACAGUGUGGUGAACAGGAGAUGCUGGGAGCCUGUUAUCUCCAGGGAGAUGCAAAGCAAGUUGCCUGGAUUGCCGGGACUAGUGGUGACACGCGCCAGACAAAGGCGCCCGCAUCCUAUAAAUGAGGCAGCCGGGCCGGAGUAGCCGGCCGCAGCUACAGCAACCCAAGCGGUCGGGCCGAGGGAGUGCAGAGGAGAGGUCGGGGACCCUCCGGCUCUGGAACCCGCAGCAGCCGCCUCUGCCUUCCCAGCAGCUACCUGGGUUUGAGAAAGAAAGUGGGAGUCAAAGAUGGCCAGAAAGAUCCUCACAAAUACCAGGGAGAGGUGGAGGCAGCAAAAUGUCAACAAUGCCUUUGCCAGGCUGAGGAAGCUCAUCCCCACUCACCCCCCAGAUAAAAAGCUGAGCAAGAAUGAAACCCUGCGACUAGCAAUGAGGUACAUCAACUUCCUGGCCAGCGCUGGGGAGCAAGGUCUGCCGCAGACAGGAGUGGCCCCUCCUGGAAGCGUCUUGGGACUAUUCCAGCAAGUGCCCUGCUUGCCAAGCCCAGAGGACAUGACUCCCCUCGGAGACGCUAGGGUUCCCUCCCCUGGGCCAGACAGCCACCUCCCAGAGUACUGGCCAGAACCUUCAGUUACAGAACACUGAGCAGGGAGAAGUCUCUGGAUUUUCUUACCUCCCACCCCCAGCCACACCACUCCCCAAAGCAACCUACUGCUCAAUGGCCUUAUUUUGCUCCAUAGUUUGUUUCAUGAAUAAAGUAUAAGAUAUGAUGCUACA